GCGCGGUGACGUCGAGGGCUGAGCGCUCGCGGCUCCCUCGCGGCUUCAGCUGAGGCGGCGACGCGUCGUUUUUCCUCAGCCGUGGCCGGGUGUGGGAGGGGCAGCGGGCCGAAGGGACAGCGGCGUGGCGGCAGGUAGCAACUGGGAUACGGGAACGCUGGACUUUUAAGAGCAUCUUCCAUGGACAAGAGGACAUCUCGCAGCUUUCGGUGGUGGAUGGCAUCUAGAAGGAUUUUUGCCACAAGUUUCCCGGGAGAACCAGAGCUGGCUCUUGUGUCCUGAGGGCAAGAGCUCUAGUUUUGCAAAGCGCCAGCUUUUCUGCCAAUGCAGAACAAGAGAAGGAGCACAUCUCAUUCUUGCAAAGUGACGUUGUGUUCUUCCGAAAACUCAAACAAGACUUCUGCAGGCAUUUGGAGAGCUGUUUUUGGCCACGCUUCUCCCUGCCCUUCCAGUGGCUUGUGCAACGACACGUUGUGUAACCAUCUUACCCCUAGCCAGUCUUCCCAGUCUCUGUUUGUACUUUGGCCUCUUUCCAGAGUAGAUCAUGGAGGUUCUUGGCCACCCCAGGCCCACCAGAAGCAGGGUGUAAACUCUGAAAUGGCCCCUGUGAUAGGCCAGAGACCUGCUAUACACUCAAGGUUGUUAUUGGUGGACAGGGGAACGGACUGACUGCCUGCUCAGGGCAGCUUCUUCCUGCCUCAGGAAUUUGCAGGGCACUGGCCUAGCGUGGCCCAGCCUGCCCUCUUUCCCCCUUCAUCAUGUUUCUACUGCUGCCCUUUGACAGUUUGGUAGUUAACCUCUUAGGCAUUUCCCUGACCGUCCUCUUCACUCUGCUUUUGGUCUUCAUCAUUGUACCAGCCAUCUUUGGAGUUUCCUUCGGCAUCCGCCGUCUCUACAUGAAAACCCUUCUACAGAUCUUCCAGUGGGCAACGUUAAGGAUUGAGCGGGGCGCCAAAGAGACGAACCACCCCGUUUAUAAGCCCUAUGUCAAUGGAAUCAUUGCCAAAGAGCCCACUUCUUUGGAAGAGGAGAUGAAGGAGAACCGCAGGAGCUCCAGCAACAAGACUCUGGAUGCCCCUGAGUUUGAGCUGUCCGACAUCUUCUACUUCUGCCGCAAAGGUGUGGAGAGCAUUAUGGACGACGAGGUGACCAAGCGUUUCUCCGCGGAAGAGCUGGAGUCCUGGAACCUGCUGAGCAGAACCAACUACAACUUCCACUACAUCAGUCUGCGCCUCACCAUCCUGUGGGGGGUAGGCUUCCUGGUCCGCUACUGCUUCUUGCUGCCACUCAGGGUUGCCUUGGCUUUUACUGGUAUUAGCCUUUUGAUAUCAGGCACUACGAUGGUGGGAUUGUUACCCAAUGGAAGGUACAAAGAUUUCCUCAGCAAGCACGUGCACCUGAUGUGCUAUCGGAUCUGCAUACGAGCUCUUACAGCUAUCAUCACCUAUCAUCAUCGGGAAAAUAGGCCCCGCAAUGGAGGAAUCUGUGUGGCUAAUCAUACAUCUCCGAUUGAUGUCAUCAUUCUGGCCAGCGAUGGCUACUAUGCAAUGGUGGGCCAAAUCCAUGGUGGUCUCAUGGGCGUCAUUCAGAGAGCCAUGGUGAAGGCUUGUCCUCAUGUCUGGUUUGAGCGUUCUGAGGUCAAAGAUCGCCAUCUAGUGGCUAGACGGUUAUCGGAACACGCUAAUGACAAAAGUAAACUGCCCAUCCUUAUUUUCCCUGAAGGCACGUGUAUAAACAACACUUCAGUGAUGAUGUUUAAGAAAGGGAGUUUUGAGAUUGAUGCUACAGUUUAUCCUGUUGCCAUCAAGUAUGACCCCCAAUUUGGAGAUGCCUUUUUUAACAGCAGCAAAUACGGCAUGGUGAACUACCUGCUCAGGAUGAUGACUAGCUGGGCAAUUGUCUGCAGCGUCUGGUACCUGCCUCCAAUGACCAGAGAUCCUACUGAAGAUGCUGUGCAGUUUGCCAACCGGGUAAAAUCUGCCAUUGCCAGACAGGGAGGCCUGGUGGAUCUCUUAUGGGAUGGGGGCUUAAAGAGGGAAAAGGUGAAGGACACCUUCAAGGAGGAGCAGCAGAAGCUGUACAGCAAGAUGAUCGUGGGGAAUCACGAGGACCGAAGCCGCUCCUGAGCUCCCAGAGAUGGGAGUGGGGGGAAUCUGUUACAGCACUGAUUACCUAAGAACAAUUCCAGGUCUCAGGAUGCCUAGAUGACCUGCAGCAGCAACCACUUUUCAAGCUCGAGGAGGGGGGGGGGGUUGUUCCUAAUUCACUAGCCCCCCGCCCUGUUCCCGUUCCCGUGGUGGUGCUGCCUUGUGCCCAAAGGGAAAGAGACCUUGUCCUAAUUUCUCCAGCUCAGACCCAGCAGUGGCAACGGGGGGACUUUGGCCACCACUGGCAAAAUGCAGUGCUGGUCAUCUUUUGCAGGAACCGGCUGAAGUCCACCUGUGUCCCCAGAGGAGUGUUGCGGGAGGAGGGGGGGUUGGCAGGACCUCUGCUGCCACCGAGAGAUCCCCUCCCGCCACUUCCUGUAAGGAGCGCUUCCAAGGAUGGGCCGACGCCUCCUUUCACCUUCUGCCCUCGCUCCCCCUCUCAAGAAAAAAACAGAACAGCUGAAUGCGGCUGCCGCAUGGGUCCCCUCUGCAUUUUGUAUUAAAUGAUGUUGAAGGAGGCA